GCGUGCCCCUCCCCCAUACUCCCCGCCGGAGCUGGGACCGGGACCGGAUACGGAUUAGUUUCGGGCGGAGCCUGUUGUUUCUGAAGUGAUCGUUAACUUCACUGAGAACGGGAAGCUCCAAUCGAGAAACUACGGCCGUUGGAGCUCCCCGGAGGGGCUGAGAAGGCCGGAGCGCGGGUAGCCGAGGCCUGAGGCGGGGACCCGGGACCGCGGCCUGCACCGCGCGGAAAGGCGCCUGUUUGCCGCGGGUUGAUCCUGGCUGCCCGCCGGCCACGAUGUCCAUCUUCACUCCCACCAACCAGAUCCGCCUGACCAAUGUGGCGAUUGUGCGGAUGAAGAAAGCGGGGAAACGCUUCGAAAUCGCCUGCUACAAGAACAAGGUGAUGAGCUGGAGGAGUGGAGCUGAAAAGGAUCUUGAUGAAGUUCUCCAGACUCACACUGUAUUUACAAAUGUAUCAAAAGGACAGGUGGCGAAGAAAGAUGAUUGUAUUGCGGCAUUUCAGACAGAUGAUCUGACUGAAAUAUGUAAACAGAUUCUGGUGAAGGGUGAACUACAAGUAUCCGAUAAGGAACGACAUGCCCAGCUCGAACAGAUGUUCAGAGACAUAGCAACUAUAGUAGUAGAGAAGUGUGUCAACCCUGAAACUAAGAGACCUUACACUGUAAACCUGAUUGAGAGAGCCAUGAAGGAUAUCCACUAUUCUGUGAAAGUCAACAGGAGUACAAAACAGCAGGCACUUGAAGUAAUAAGAUUGCUAAAGGACAGUAUGAAGAUUGAACGUGCUCAAAUGAGACUCCGACUCAGGCUCCCAGUAAAGGAUGGAAAGCGUCUUAAGGAAAAGCUGAAGCCAUUGAUUAAAGUGAUGGAAAGUGAAGAGUUUGCUGAGGAUUUAGAUAUUGUGUGUUUGAUUGAUCCUGGUUGCUUCAGAGAAAUUGAUGAACUAAUCCGAGGUGAAACAAAGGGAAAGGCCUCGCUGGAAGUUCUUAGCUUAAAAGAGGUGGAAGAAGGGGAUGAGAAACUUGAAUAAAUAUGAAAGCUAUAGUCAUCCAAAGUCAAUAAACUACAUAAGUCACACAGCUGUGUUAAGUUUUCUUAAACUAUACUUGUUCAUGUGACCAUAUUUCUUCAGUAGAAACUCAGAAUUAAUGAUUGAAGUGGCAAAUAUAAUUUUUAUCCUUAACCACUUAUUUAACAUUUUUCUGGUGUUCAGAAUGAUUUUUUCUUUUCUUACAAAUUAAUUAUUUAAUUAAAAUAUAUUAAAUAUG